AUGGAUGAAGAAUUGGUCGAUGAGGCAACCCAAUUGGAGAUUGCUGAGGAUUCACAGCGCCAAAACAAAGAUUCACCGCACACGGAAUGCCGAAAAAUCUUAAAAUCCCAAGAAGCCUUUAUCCCUGUUAAGCAGGACUACUCGCAGAUACCACCUCGGGAAUAUGAUGGCAUUCUACAUGGUAAAAGUGUAGUUGAAGGUAUUGACCAUGCAGAUACAUCACAGCAUCCUCGUGAAAGCCGUUUUAUGGAUGAUGCUGAUGCUAUGGUUGAAGAAUUAACAGUAAAAAGCUACAAUGGCUCAAGCUUGGAUAUUGGUACAUCAAACAACCGAGGGCAAAUGUAUAAUCGGCAGAACCAUUGGCAGAAUCUUUAUCAGGUAGCAAGUAAUUCAGGAAUUGGAAAUUCACUGAGUGAUAUUGGAACCAGAAACAGUGUCCAGGCCACUUCUAGUGCUCGGGAAGAUAUUGGAUCCUCAUCUUUCCCGGAGAUGCUAGCCAGAAAAUCUCUCAGUGAUGGCCAGAGCAAUGUGAUGGAACACUUGGCAGCUGCUGAAAAUAAAGAGGGUGCAGGUGAUGUUCGUCAAGGAAUACGGACAAAAAUUAUAUCCCAAUCAGGAUUUGCUGAGUUUUUCAUAAAAAAUACACUGAAGGGUAAGGGUAUUGUAUAUAAAGGUCCGACUUAUGAUGCCUUCUGUGCUCAGUCUAGAGAGCAAAACCGGAUGAAGACUGACAUUGAUACACAACAGAAUCAAAUGAGGACCAGCAUUAGCACAGAACAGAAUCAGAUGAAGACCAGCAUUAGCACUGAUCAGAAUCAAACAAGGACCAGCAUUGUCACAGAUCAGAAUCAGAUGAAGACUGGCAUUGUCACAGAUCAGAAUCAGAUAAAGAAUGGGAUUGGCACUGAUCAGAAACAGAUGAAAACUGGUACGGUUACUCACUUGAACUCUAAUCAAUCUGUGGGCUAUGGUUCCAAAACUGCAAAGUUUUCUUCCUAUUGUGGUGCUAUGCCUAGAUCUGGCAGGUCUGAAUGUAAUGGUGUGACUUUGAGAGAAUGGUUGAAACAUGGGCACCACAAAACUAGCAAAGUGGAAAGUUUGAAUAUAUUCAGGAAGGUUGUGGAUUUGGUGGAUAAUUCUCACUCCCAGGGAGUUGCAUUGCAUAACCUAUGUCCAUCUUAUAUUAAAUUGACGCCAUCAAACCAGGUCAUGUACCUUGGUUUACCUGUUCAAAAACAAAUGGUGGAUAAUACCGUAACUUCUGAAGUUGUCCAUGUAGAUAAUCCUGUUAUUAGAAAAAGGCUGUCAGAGCAAGUAACAUUUCCUUCUCGUGAUAUGGGGUCAAAGAAGCAAAGACUUAAUGAGACUUUGAGAGUUACUGGUGGUGACUUGUGUCUUGAAACUGCAAGUGAUAGGAAACUUCAUAGCGGAUCGCAAGAUUUUUACAAUGAAUAUGAAGAAGAUACCAAAUUUUCUAAAUAUAAUAUUGGAAGAAUAUCUAGCAUCCCUCAUGUAUCUAAUGCUGGUAAAAUGCCAUUGGCUUCAUGUGAAAACUUGGAAAAUAAAUGGUACACAAGUCCUGAGGGAGGUUAUGCAACAUCAUCAAAUAUCUACUGUCUUGGUGUCCUCCUUUUUGAGGUGUGUAGACAAGUUAUGAUGCCUCUAUUUUAUGAUGCCGUUUCAUGUAUUCUGUUGUAA